AUGCUCUCUGGAAACUUAAUUAAUUUUUUUCUUGAUGAUUCUGACGAUGAUUUGGAAAUCACAGUAUCUACUUUAAGAGAGUCGAUCAAUAGAAAUAGACGGGCGUCUUUAUAUCGCAUGUCGGUUUAUGGUCGUAGCUAUAUAUGGCGUAAUAGGGUACAUUGUCAUUAUAAGAUUUAUCAUGACUACUUUGGAGAAAAUCUCGUUUAUUCGCCAAGUUUAUUACGAAGGAGAUUUCGAAUGAGUCGGUCUCUUUUUCUUCACAUACAAUCCGCCAUAGAGUCUUAUGACCCAUAUUUUAUUCAGAAAAGGGAUGUUGCUGCUGAUUAUGUUGAUGAAUAUGUAAGAAUUGGUGAAAGCUGUCACGACCCAAAUUACUGA